UUUAACUAUAAAAACUUAUGCCCUGAUAAAAACUUUCUUAUCAGAAAAAACAUCUGUAUUAUUUUAAUUAUAAUUGUAGUACAGUGAUAGUAGAAUGCAUUUGAGUUAAUGCAACCAGUGGUUUUACUAUAGAUUUCCUUUGAAAAACACCAGCUUGUUAAAUAGUUGGGUGAUGGCCAUGAAACGGGAUCAGUGGAAACCAUCUGAAUAUUCUGUCUUGUGCGAGAAACACUUCACACCAGAUGAUUAUAUGAUGGGUGCUACCAACAAGCUCAAGAAGUAUUUAAAGCCAGAUGCUGUCCCCUCAGUUUUUGAUUUUCCACCACACCUUGAAAAAAAAAACUAACCCACGAAAAUGUCCCAUGAAGAGAAAAGCAGCCACUACCGAUGCAAUCCCAGAUGUUCCCAACAAGAAACCUAAAAGGAAAUUUCAGCCAGUUGGUCAUGACCACAUCUACUGCACAUCUCCUAGUAAGGUUAUUCCAAAAAUGAAGAAGUCCCUAGAAAAUAAAAGAAAAAAGAUGAAGAGCCUAUCUAAAAAAAGUCUUCGAAGGGAUAAAACCAUUAAGGGGUUACUGAAAAAGCUGCGAGAUCUGAAAUAUUUGUCAAAAGAACAAAGUGAAAAUUUGAUGUCAAACUUUGGUCACAUGACAAAGAAGCUAUUCAUAAAUGAACACAAAAAUAACCAAAAAUCUAAAGCCCGCGGUACAGCGAGUCCAUCAAGAAAUUUGCAGUGUCAUUGCAUUUUUAUAGCCCAAGGAGCUACCGGUUUGUUAGAAAAUCACUUCACUUACCAUGUCCAGCAACCAUAAGAUCAUGGGCAGCAGCCAUAGAUUGUGACCCCGGUUUUUUGACGAAUGUCAUUGAUGAAUUGAAGAAUAGCCUGGAUGAAGAUGAGAAAGAUUGUGCAAUAUUAGUGGAUGAAAUGUCUAUAAAGAAAGAAGUACUAUGGGAUAGAAAGAACAAAAAGUUUGCUGGCAACACAGAUUAUGGAUGUAUUUUAGCAGAGGAACAAGACAGUAUAGCAACUAAUGCCUUGGUUUUUAUGGCAGUUGGACUUAAAAAGCCAUGGUUUCAUCCCAUUGCCUAUUUUCUGGUAGAUCGUGUCAAUGGUAAAAUGCAAGCACAGUUAAUCAAAGAAGCAAUAAACUUACUGACCGAAGCAGCACUAGAUGUCCAAGCAGUAGUAUUUGAUGGUUGUGCAAAAAACUUGACGACUGCUAGGUGCCUUGGAUGCAAAAUUGACAAACUUGACGGAUCAUUCAACCACCCAUCACGGCCAAACAAAACUAUAUAUGUCAUUUUGGAUGUGUGUCACAUGUUAAAGCUUGCCCGUAACAGCUUGGGAGACAAAAAAGUUUUUCACACAGAUACUGGUGCCAAAAUCUGCUGGAAUUAUAUCACAGAACUAUACAAUGUCCAAAAGAGUGAUGUUCUUCACCUUGGCAACAAGCUUAAAACAAAACAUAUCAAGUGGCAUAAUCAAAAAAUGAAUGUGGCAAUUGCAGCACAAACCCUUAGCAAUUCUGUAGCUGCUGGAUUAAUGUACCUGAAAAAUAUUAAAGUGCCACAGUUCCUAGACAGUGAUGAAACAGCAGAGUUCAUUUUGAAAAUAAACAACUUGUUUGAUAUUUUAAAUUCAAAAAGUAAAUAUGGAAAACAUUACAAGAGCCCAAUUAGACUGGAAAAUCUGGAUGAACUUAAGUAUUAUGUACAUGAGACCAUUGCAUACUUGAAAGAACUCAAAGAUAGCGAAGGAGUUAAACUAAUAGAUGGUCCCAGGAAAACAUUCAUCUUGGGGUUUGCUCUGUCAUCUAAAUCUAUUCUAGCUUUGGCAAAACACCUACUGACCAGAAAUUACAAUCAAUUUGAGUAUGUUCUCACUUACCGGCUCUCUCAAGACCAACUGUUCUUCAGUAAGAUACGAAGUCGCCUGGGAUGUAACAACAAUCCAAACGCAUUGCAAUUCAAGUGGGCUCUCAGGGCACUAUUACAGAAGAAUCAAGUAGCCGCUUCUCCAACUGCCAAUUGCUCUGUCGUUGAAGAAGGCAAACUAGCAGAAGAAGCUACUCACUUAGACAAGAAGGUCACCAGCAUCUUAGAUUGUUCCACCAUUUGGCAUGAGGAUGUGUUAUCAUAUAUUGGGGGAUAUAUUGUCAAGAUGAUAACCAAUUGCCUGAAGUGUGCUGAAUGUGCUGCAGCCUUGGUUGCGGAGAAUAACAGCCAACCUUCCUUGCCUGAUCACACAUAUGGUCAAUCAUGCUCUUCCAUGCCACCCAGCCUGAUUUCUUUCAAGAGCUAUGGUAGUCUGAUAAACCCAUCUACAUCAGUGUUAAAGACCGUAAAAGUAGCUGACAGUCGUCUCCGUCUUUUGGCAGCCAAGUGGAGUAAUUUGCCAAAAAAAGCACUGGAAACAUUGCAACGGGACGUGCUACAAGAAGUGAAGCCAAGUGUUUUUCAGUCACUGCAACAACACUCCCAAGACACUCAUGUACUCGACAAAGAUCUUCGCGACGACCACAUCACCAUCCUCGUAAAGAAAAUCACGGAUUUGUACAGCAAGAUAUUUCUUCACCAGUUCUCGAAAGUCUACUCAGAACGAAUUGUCAGGCAAGAGGCACCAUCAAAACGGCAAAAGCUAAAUAAACUCAUCCUUUUUGGAAACGACUAG